GGGAAACUUAAAAGUAAGGUCAUCAAAACAGAUCGUUCGAUUACAAAUCGUUAGAAGGCACAGUCACCCUAGCUUUAUUCCAGCACAAUAGAGAUCCCACCAAAUAUAACCUACAAAACUUGUCGUCUGUCUUAGACUUGGUCUUCACACACAGUGAUGAUGUCAGUCAAAUAAGGUUCCUUCUACCUACAAGUAGAAGUUGCCAUACGGUCACCUCAUUCAAGUUCAUGGCUGAUAUGGUUUGUCAAGCAGAUACGAUAUAUCGCACAAUACACUACUGCACCACUUAGUACGAUAUUUAAUAUGUCACUUGGCCAAUAUGAGUUAUCUAUGAACUGCAAGGAUGCAGUUGUCACUCCAAUCCAUAAAACAGGACCAAGACAACUUCCAUCAAACUACAGACUCGUCAGUCCCACCAGUGUAAUAGUUAAAAUACUUGAAAAAAUAUAAUCAAAAACCUAUAAAGAUAUUCGUGGAAACCAACAACUUGUUAAACAGCUUGCAACGUGGUUUCAGGAAAAGAUUAUCUUCCACAACGAAUCUCCUUGUAGCAAGGGAGAAAUGAUGAUGAUGUGUGCGGCAUCAUCAGAAUCCAAGUCAAGCACAGAAAUCAACAAAAGGAUCGCCUACCAUACAUACAGGGAAUAUCAGAAACCGCAACGAGACUGCUGAAAGCCUUCGAGAUAGAUGUGGCACACAAACCGACAAAAUCACUACAAUCAAUCCUAUGUAAACCAAAGGAUGAGAUAACGAAAGAAGACAAAUCAGACAUCACCUAAAAAAUAAAUCGUGCCAACUACGAAAAACACUACAUCGGACAAAGCGGACGCCUUCUUCAUCUUCGUCUGCAUGAACAUCAAUUAGUAGUCAAACCCCAUGACAUUUCCUCACUUAUAUCAAUACACGUGGACAAUUGCGGAAACUUAUUUGACUGGAAAAAAUGUGGAAAUCUUGGAUAGAGGAAAUUCCAAAAACACCAGAGAAUUUUUAGAAGCUUGGCACUUAGGUCAAUCAGCAAUCAACAAGCACAUUGAAAUCGAUCCAAUUUGUCAACAAAUCAGGAAAAUUAUGCACAAAUAUAGGAACAAAAAUCAAACCAAUGGGAGAUGCAAUCAGAAUAAAGAAGUAAACAAUGACAAGUUUAAAGUCAACAAGAACCAAUCAACAUCGAGGUGUACAGGACAAGCUGUGGACCACAUAUGGAGAAAUUCGAACGCUUCACUUCAAUCUGAAUUUUGUGCUGAUGAUGUCGUUCAGAAGGACGAUGAAAGCUCCGAGACCAAACCAUCCAGCUCAGAGAACAAAACUCCAUCAAAAUCAUCCACCUGAGCUACAAAUCUUCUCCACCAUCUCAACAACUGGUCCAGAUGCAUAUGCAUUUCAGGAAGACUUAGGUGUCUAGAAAUUGCCUGAUGCCUAUCAACGCGUCCAAGUUAUCUACAUGCUUUAUGGGAAUACAAAACUAAAUAGGUGCAUCUUGGGGGAAGAGUCGGUGCACGUAGCUCAGUCCCAGAAUAAUUCCAGAGUAACAAUAAGCCAUGAUCAUAAGACCGCGACCCACUUUCAUGCUGUCGCAGCUAAGGAGUGCAGAAACAUAUGGGGUUUAAGAUGGAGAUUUACCAAGUUAGACACUAUUAUGUUCACUACUUUAUACAUCGUCUUAGUGAGAUCUAAACUUGAAAACUGCGUCCAGGCUCCAAGCUCUUGUUUAAAAGGUGACUUGGACAUUUUUGGAAAACUACAGAGGGCAGCUACCCUUGAAAUUCCAGAACUAUGGGACCUGUCAUACAAAGAGUAGUUUAAGAUGCUAGAUCUCUUUACUCUGUUUUAUCGCAGAUUAAGAGGUGAUCUGAUUUUGGUGCAUAUAAUACUAACGAUUGAUUUUGGUCCUGAUAUAUCCCCUCUUUUUCUUUCUGUCAGCUCAGGACAACUAAGAGGACAUAGCAGGCGGAUACAAAAGUCAAGAACGAAUAAAAUACCAAUGGCAUACUGGUUUUCACACUCUCAGGAGCUUACUAGAAAAGGACUAACAAAUGUCGUAGGCCUUCUGUCCUCAGUACACAAAUCUGAAUCUGAGUUUUAUGAACUGACUUAAGCAAUGAAGACGACUUUUUAUUCAGCCAACUAAAGGAUAAUUUACCUGGUUUCGCCAUAUCCAUGUGUAUCUAUGAAUUGAACUUCUUCGGCAGGGA